GCUUUCCCCAGCCUACCUCGCCAGCCUCUUUAGAACUUUCAGCCUCCGCCGCCGCGUUCGGAGAAGAGAACCUUGAACUCCCCAACGUUCUGUGUUUAAAAAAAAGAGCAAACAGCGGCGUUGGCCCAGCGCGGUCUUUUUAAGCGUACAAGCUAAAAGUGUGGGGAAGUAAUUUAAAAAAAAAAAUCCAAGCAAAAUGAGGGAAAUCGUCCACAUUCAAGCUGGGCAAUGUGGUAACCAGAUCGGUGCUAAGUUUUGGGAGGUGAUUAGUGAUGAACAUGGGAUCGACCCCACUGGAACCUACCAUGGCGAUAGUGACCUACAGCUUGACCGCAUCAGUGUUUACUACAAUGAAGCCACAGGUGGCAAAUACGUCCCUCGUGCCAUCUUGGUUGACCUGGAACCAGGAACUAUGGACUCCGUGAGGUCUGGACCUUUCGGCCAGAUCUUCAGACCAGACAACUUCGUGUUUGGCCAGAGCGGAGCUGGCAACAACUGGGCCAAAGGCCACUACACAGAAGGCGCUGAGCUGGUGGAUUCUGUCCUGGACGUGGUCCGGAAGGAAGCGGAGAGCUGCGACUGCCUUCAGGGUUUCCAGCUGACCCACUCCUUGGGCGGCGGCACCGGUUCUGGCAUGGGCACGCUUCUGAUCAGCAAGAUCCGCGAGGAAUACCCUGACCGCAUCAUGAACACCUUCAGCGUGGUGCCUUCCCCCAAGGUCUCCGACACAGUGGUGGAGCCGUACAAUGCCACCCUCUCCGUGCACCAGCUGGUGGAGAACACUGACGAGACCUACUGCAUCGACAACGAGGCGCUCUAUGACAUCUGCUUCCGCACCCUCAAACUCACCACGCCCACCUACGGCGACCUCAACCACCUGGUCUCAGCCACCAUGAGCGGUGUCACCACCUGCCUCCGCUUCCCCGGGCAGCUGAACGCCGACCUCCGCAAGCUGGCUGUCAACAUGGUCCCCUUCCCCCGCCUCCACUUCUUCAUGCCCGGCUUCGCGCCCCUGACCAGCCGCGGCAGCCAGCAGUACCGGGCCCUAACGGUGCCUGAGCUGACGCAGCAGGUCUUCGACGCCAAGAACAUGAUGGCGGCCUGCGACCCCCGCCACGGGCGCUACUUGACAGUGGCAGCCGUCUUCCGCGGCCGCAUGUCCAUGAAAGAGGUCGAUGAACAGAUGCUGAACGUUCAAAACAAAAACUCCUCCUACUUCGUGGAGUGGAUCCCCAACAACGUCAAGACGGCCGUGUGCGACAUCCCUCCAAGGGGCCUCAAGAUGGCGGUCACCUUCAUCGGCAACAGCACAGCCAUCCAGGAGCUCUUCAAGCGCAUCUCCGAGCAGUUCACGGCCAUGUUCCGGCGCAAGGCCUUCCUCCACUGGUACACGGGCGAGGGCAUGGAUGAGAUGGAGUUCACCGAGGCCGAGAGCAACAUGAACGACCUGGUCUCUGAGUACCAGCAGUACCAAGACGCCACGGCGGAGGAAGAGGAGGAUUUCGGCGAAGAGGCCGAGGAGGAAGCUUGAGGCGAGUCUGCUGGCAGUCCGAAGUACAAAAACAAAAAAGUAAACGAAUCCGCACAAAAUAAAAAUUACAAAAAACAACAACCCUGCAUCUCCAUGUUCUGUUUCUUUUUCUUUCCUCUCAAGCCUGUCAAACCUCUUCCUGCGUCUCUUAAUGGGCCAGUCUCCCCAUUUUAAGCCUGCCUACACUCUCUGCAUUUCUUCUCAGUGGUGGGAACAGCCUGUGGCUGAUUUAACAAGGAAACGGCUGCUUAGAGCAGGCAUCCCCAAACUUCGGCCCUCCAGAUGUUUUGGGACUACAAUUCCCAUCAUUCCUGACCAUUGGUCCUGUUAGCUAGGGAUGAUGGGAGUUGUAGUCCCAAAACAGCUGGAGGGCCGAGUUUGGGGGUGCCUGGCUUAGAGAGUCCCUUGAGAGCGGCUCAAAAAGAAGAGGUUCUGUCUAUCCAUGAUUAUAUUUGGUCAUUAGUGGUGUUUGUUUUCCAGGUGUUUGUUUUCCCUGAUCUACCGCAGUUAAUCAAGUGAGCUGUUAAGAAGCAACAAGGCUGUGAGAGCCUUUUAAUUGCAAAAGGGUGUGAGUAUGUUGGAUCAGUUCUGACAUGGGGACCCAUUCCAGAUAAAAGUAGAAAGGUAGUUGACUUUAAAACGGAAGCAUGUUCCUGAAAGGCAAGUUUCUUUCUUUCUGUCCAAUUUGGCUUUAGUAGAAAAUAAUAACCUGACUUCUGCUAAUCUGAGCCACAGGACAAUGGUUUUGUCCUGUAGGAAGUUGAGUGUCUAGUUUUGGGGUAGCCUGCAGAAUGGGUGUUUAAAUGGUUUGAAGUCUGGUGGAUUGCUUGGUCUUCCCUUAUAUGUUGGUUUCUGGAAAAUCUGCCCCUGGAUCACCUUGCCCCUGGAACAUCUUAAAGCAAUCAACUUUAAUGUAGAAGGCAUUUGUUGGCCAGGGGAACAAAAUUCAAGUUCUCUUUGCAGGAGCCACCGGGUCAGAUGUCUUUACCUAUAUGGUGUGCCUGCAAUAUAAAAACACUUAGCAUACUAGGCGCCUGCCUCUUCAUUUAAUGCUCAUUGCCUAUUUGUAUCCCAUUCUUCUUUGUGAAGUCAACCAAAACUGGUGUGAAAGCCAAAGAGGGUUCUUUACCUCUCCCCCCGAUUUUGCCAAAUAGGACGUAGACCAAAAGCCUGACCUUCAAACUAUUUUAUUAGAACUUUUGUUCUAGCCUUGGCUUCUCAAAAGCCCUGGAGCUAUAGGAGAAAGAGCAAAGCCCUCUUUUUUUUUGGUCCUGAAUUAACAUUUUGAGGCUUGGACCCCUACCAUGGCAAGGGAGUUGUGCCGCAACCCAAAAGGCAAGCUGCUGUUUGAAUAAAUAACUACCAUUAAAAAAAAAAACUUUGUCUGAAAGGUGGCUACAAAUCCUAAGUCCCCAUGGCUUAGUUUGCUUUUGUUCACAGUUGUAAAAGUUUGAGGUAAGACUAAAGAUCAGUGAGGAGUGAUGGAAGUUAGCACUUAAAAGGGCAGCAAAGACCUGCACACAUAGAGCAGAUGGAGAAAGGUCUGUCCAAAUAUUUUGGGUGGUUGUGGGGAAGAGAAACUGCAUUAGGAAAGAGGAACUGAAUUAGGUUUUCUUUCAGUGAGUUCUUUAUCCAUGAGAACACUCAAAUGUCUGCUUUUUAAAAAAAGCCUAUUUUUUGUUGUUGAUGUAGAUCAGUCUUCUAUUGUAGUAUCCAACCUGCAGAAAGUAGCUAAGGGAGGCAUAUUGUUCCAAGGGAUCGUUGAGCCAGUGGAAAGGGACAUCUAGUUCUGAAUCUGCCUAAACAGGGUUAUACAUCUGAAAGGUCACACUGCCACCACAAAGCCUGGCUUUUUCAAUCUCCUGCUUGUUGCCUCAGCAUCUUUUUUUCUCUUCCUUUUCACUCCUCACUCAUUUCCUCCCUUGCCUCAUCUUACUCUUUUUUUAAAGGAAAAAAAAAUCCCUGCUUUUUCAUAUUGAAAAGUUGUCUUGUGAACAAAUAAAAGGGUUUCUUAUGUUUUC